AUGAACUUGGUCGCGACGAACGAUAAGGAUGAGAUUUAUGAGGAUACUGAGUCUACUGAGGAUGAUGAGAGUGAGGACUCGGAUGAUAUGGCUGCGAGUGUGGAGGCAGCAGUGAAGCAGGAAGAGGAGAUAGUGACCAUGGAGGCAGCAGCAGUAAACGGUGGAGAUGGAGACGAUGUCAACACUUUUGCAGCAGCGAUCGUGGUUGAAGAUGAAGCAGUAAAUGCGAAGUGUGUGGGAGUUGAAGCUGUGAAAGGGGACAUCAUGGUGAAAGGAUCAAAGGCGAAUGCAACUGCAAAGGGGCAAGUGCGUAAGGAGGAUGAACGCGUUGAAGGGUACGAGACCCGAGAGGUGUUGGGUGUAAAGAUGCCGAGGAGAAGUGAGAGGCUUAAGAAAAUCUCUCAAGGUUUGGAUGUCAAGGCGCUCAACUUCAAGACACGUCUCGCUGCCGCCGUGCGAUACCCAUUGCGCGCCGCCGCGCGGCGAUCCCGCGGCGGUGCAAUCGGAGCUCGCCAGCUGGCAGCCGGAGAUUCGGCGACACUGCACCGACGCCACGUGCGGCAGAUCGCGAUUGGCCAGGCAGUUCCACCAGAGCCUCGCAUCGCCGCCGUGGCUGGCCGGCAGGUGCUGACGCGGCUUCUGGUUGUUGAGUGCCUGAACGCGCCUCCGGGCGGCAUGGCGGCGGUGAGCGCGGACGCGGUGUGCGCGUGGCUGCUGCAGACGACGAGCGCGGACGAGGCGGCCGUGCGAUCCGCCAGCUCAGCGUUGGAGGAAGCUUCCAAGCACCCGGGAUUCCUGGGCCACGUGUUGUCCGUCGCAGCAGUGCCCAACUCCCCAGCAGCCCUCCCCGCGGCCCUGUAUUUCAAGAACGUGGCGGUGGCGAAGUGGAGGGGCGCGGGCAGCAAGGGGCGGGUGCAGCUGCCCGGGGGGAAGGAGGAGCAGGAGGCAGUGCGGGUGCAACUGGUGGAGGUGUUAUUGCGGUCUGGGCAGGGGAAGAUUCUGAGCGUGCUUAUUGAAGCGUUCUCUGCCGUUGUGCGCACCGAGUUGGCUUCCCCGUCGGGCUGGCCGCAGCUGCUUCCAGGCCUCAAAGCAGCGCUGCUCUCCAGCGAUCUCAUCCGAGCCAUCGGUUCCGCCUCCGCCGCUGCUCCUGGGCCGUCGGAUCCCGCCUCUGCUGCAGCGACAUUCUCUACAGUCACUGUGCUCACAGUCCUUCGUGCUGUCACGAAGCCAUACAGGUACUUCCUGGAUCCUACCAACGACAAGGAGCCGGUGCCGCCUGUGCUGGAAGCAAUCGCAUCGGACCUGCUGCUGCCGCUCAUGCCACUCAUGCACCACCUCAUUGCGGCUCAGGCACAACAGUCAAGCCCCCGAGCACCAUCUGCGCAUGAUGAAGCGCUGCUGCUUAUUCUCAAGACUCUCCACCUCUCUGUUCAGAGCCACAUGCCAUCAGCCAUCCGCAAGCACAUAGACAGCAUCGUCCCAGAGCUGCUGCUGCUGCUCUCACACUGCCCGCCCACCCUCGCAGCAGCGGUAGCAGCAGCAGGGCAGGAGGAGGGGGAAGUGAUGGAUGGGGAAGGGGGGGCAGAGGGGGGAGGUGCAGCAGCAGUGUGGGAGGUGCGGCUGAAGGGGUGCAAGCGAGCGCUGCAGAUCUGCCAUGCUCUGGCCAGCCGGCACCAGAAGCUGACAAACAAGCACUUUCCUGCCGUGGUGGACGGCAUCACAGGCAUCGUCUGCAACUCACUGUGGACCAAUAAGCUCCCAUUAGCAGCGCGUCGUGUGAUCGCAGUGGCGUUCACCGCCAUCUCUCAAGUGCUCGACUCCGCUCCGGGCUGGAAGGUGGUGGCUCCGCAGUUCGCCCACCUGCUAGAGGCCGCCAUCUUCCCCGCUCUCUGCCUGCACCCCCAGGAUUUGGAACUCUGGGAAGAGGACGAGGAGGAGUACGUGCGACGGAACCUACCCACGGAUCUAGAUGACAUGGAUGAGAUGGAGAGCUAUGACCCGCGGCAGUGUGCUGCUCACCUGCUGGCGCUCAUCGCCACGUCCAAGGGAAGCCCGGCCAAGGGUAAGCCGGGCGCAGCAGGAGCAGCAGCUGGCAAAUCCACGUCGCCAGCAGCGGGCAGAAGGAGACAACGAAGGCCGGCCGCUACCAAGGACACUGACGCAGCAGCAGCUACAGUGGUGCUUCCGUUCCUCUCCAGGUUCCCUCUCCCAGCUGAUGCUGCUGUGCCAAUGGAAGGCAUGUUUGUGGCGGGGGCAGGGGGAGGCCAGGCUCCUGCCAAUCCUGCCAGUGCUGCUGUUGUCCACUACUUCGGCGUUCUGCAAGCCUAUGCAGCCAUGAAAGAGUACUUUGAGCGCCAGCCAGCCCACCUGGAGCAGCUGCUGCCAGCUCACGUGCUGCCCCUCUUCUCGCAGCGCCACGUCAGCGCGGUCCUGUUGGCCUCUGCCACGUGGCUGCUGGGAGAGCUCUCCACCGCCCUGCCCGAGUCCCUGCACAACCCUGUGUACGAGGCGAGCAUGAAGGCCAUGGCAGCAGGGGACGUGGAUGGGCAGUCAUGGGCGGCUGUGCGCACUGCUGCGUCGCACUGCAUCUCUUACCUCAUCCAGAAUGAAGUGGAGCCAUCUGAUUGGCUGGCGUUCCUGCAAGCAGUGGUGGCAGCAACAAGAGCGGGGGAGGAGAGGGAGGCGGUGAGGGCGCUAGACCUGCUGGAGUCAGUGGCAGUGGAAGGGGGCGAGGGGGUGCACGCCCACCUGCCCGCCAUCAUUGCUGCUGUUGCAAAUGACACCUGCGCAGCUCUGCCUCCCCCGGAUCAGCCCUGGUCGCAGCGUGUGUGGGCGCUCUUCUCAGCACUCGCCUCGCUGGUCGAGUCAUGGGCUGAUGAUGACCUGCCAGGGGACGAUGACGAGGAGGAGGAAGGGGAGGAGAGGGAUGGGAAGGAGGCAGCAGGGGCGGAGGAGAGGAGUCGCCGGGCAGUGGAGGUGGCUGCGUCUGUGGCUCGCGUGCUGCGAGUGGCCUGGCUGAACGAACCUGUGGACCCAUCUCUCGUGAAGCCACAGGCAGCAGCCACUCUAGAAGGCGAGGAGGACAAGGAGCCGCCCCCCACGUCAUGGUUCGAUGCCUCUCUGCUGCUCUCCUUCGUCCUCAAAGCCGCUGCCAACGCCCCAGCUUCACCUUCCUCCACCGCUGCUGCUACAGGCGGGGAUGCAGCAGCGCUGGUGGCGCAGUGGGGGGUGGUGCCGUUGCUGCACAAGUGGGUGGAGCUGGUGGCGGAGUGGACGGCAUGGGAGGAGGAUGAGGACGAGGCGGUGUUUCAGACCAUCGACUCCUUGUUGCUGCUGCAGGGGAGGACGCCAGUACCGGAUUUCAUAUCCAGAACCACUCCACCGCCUCCCCUGCCGCCCGUGCCGGCACGCUCCAUCCUCGAAGGCGUCGCGUGCUUCGUCUCAUCCGCGCUAUCUGACGGCUCUCCUGCUGCCACGUGGCGAGCAUCCAGGCACUCGCACACGCUCCUAAACGCUGCUGCUGUGGCGCUCAACGGAGGGCCUGCUGCCGCUGCUCUGGCUGCUCGGUUUGCCGAGGCCUCUCUCACUCGCCUCUCCACCGCGCCCUCUCUCUCCUCCAUCCGUUACAUCACCAAGCCUCUUCUCCUCGCCCUCUUCUCCUCCCUCCUCGCCUCCCCCUCCUCCGUCUUCCCCCUCCUCCUCUCCCCCGCACCUGCUGGCGAAAAGGGGAAGGGGGAGGCCGGGCAAGAGGAAGGGGAAGGAGAAGGAGAGAAGGAAGGAGGGUUGAGGUUGGGAGUGGUUGUGCGCGGUGUAGAGAGCUUGCUGGCGCUGCAUGCGGAACCAGGGUUGGUUCUCGAGUCAGAGCUGAAGCUCACAGUGCUCGCGCUCACGUGCUUGGUGCAACAGUCAGCAGCAGCAGCAGCAGUGACAGGGUCAGACCUGCCAGCAGCAGUGCUGGCAGCAGCAAUGGCAGCAAUGGUGCGGCUGAAGGAGGUGAAGGAGGAGACAAGCAGCAUGGAAGGGAGCGAGGAGGGGGAGGAGGACGAGGAGGACGAGGAAGAGGAGGAUGAGGACGAUGAGGAGCCCGCGUUGGACGAGAAUCUCGACGAUGCUGAGCUGGAGGCGGCGCUGAUGAGGCGAUACGCGGAGGCGGCGAAGAUGAUUGGCUCGCUGGAGGAAGACGAGGCUGACGUGGAGGAUGAGUACGGCGUCGAGCUGGAGCUAGGCCUCACAGGCCUGCAGGACGAGCAGGCGGGCAUCAGGGCGUGUCUGCAGCAGCACUGGUCCUCCCUUGCUUUGCACGUGCUUACUUUCACCCCAUCACUCUCCCCUUCAACCACCCUCCCUCCCCCACCAGGCCUCACAGGGCUACAGGACGAGCAGGCGGGCAUAAGGGCGUGUCUGCAGCAGCACUGGGCGGCGCUGGGUCGCCAGGUCGUGGCACUCAAGCCCUCGCUCUCCUCUAACUUUGCCGAGGCCUUCCCUCCAGCCAAGCCAUUCCUUCUUUGA